ACACGAGUUUUAUCGCGCUCUUCUACGACGUUCGCGCUCGUCAAAGAUAGACUGGAGGCGCUCGGCUCUUAUUCUCGUUGCACGUCCUACGAAUCACGGAAAUUAAAUCACCGUCGAAACGAACGUCACGACCCUCGAAUUGGUUUGGUUAGGAAGAUCGUGUCGCCGUCGGGUUUCGAAGGACGAUAUUGCUCAUAGUUCGAUUUGCAUAAUAGAACGGUUAAGAAGAGAAACGAGACACUAGGUCUGGAUAUUUCUUUGUUCCACGAAACCCUUUGUUUUUCUUUUUUUUUUUUUUUUUUCUUCAACGUGCACGGACAGAUCGAACGAUCGAACGUACCAUUGGUCAAUUAACCAGUAGCAAAGGGAAUGUUAUAGCGGGAACAUGAGUGGAACGUAUCGAGGAAGCGAGAACUAUGGGAGAGGAGAAGUAUCGGGGACGAUUUCUAUGCAUGCCGACGCAUAAAUUGCGAAUACCAGUGACAUAAUGGCGACAUCGAGUGAAAAAGCCAAGGAAAAUCGGAUGCUAUUGAUUCGUUCGAUACUUUCUACCCGCGAUUUUGAUUCCGCGCCUUUGUCCCGAGAUGCGAUAUAGAACACUCGCUUCUGGAUUAUUGCGCCGCGGUAGGUGGAGAUUAACGAAGCGCGGAAGAGAUAAUUCGCAAAUAAUUGACAAGUGAAAGUCCGUAGAAGAGCCGGCGACGCGAGAAUCCUAUUGUCGUGGAUACACGGGGAACACAGUGGUGCAUCUACGAAAGCGCGAGGGAUAUAUAUCGAACAACAUCGUGGAUCGACUAUGAGAGAGAAAAACAAAAAAUGAAGGGUGUACUUUUUGCCCUGAGUCUGUUGUUUUCAGUGCAAGGACUCGCCCGGGGUACGUCUGAUCACGGAAUGUACGAGAACCGUGCACUGGAGCCGCUCGAUCGUGGACCGUACUUCGACGUUUCGGCGUCGAACAACGUCACCGCGUUGGUUGGCAAGACGGCCACCUUAAACUGCCGUGUUCGGAAUCUGGGCGAUCGUACGGUGUCCUGGGUGAGGCACAGGGACAUUCAUCUUUUGACCGUCGGCGUCGAAACUUACACCUCCGACCAAAGAUUCGUGGCAUCGCAUUUUCCACGAACGGAGGAUUGGACGCUUCAAGUGAAAUACCCGCAGCGACGUGAUUCCGGGACCUACGAGUGUCAAGUGUCAACGACACCGCCGAUCGGUCAUUCCAUGCAUCUCUCGGUCGUCGAGCCGGUGACGUCGAUCGUCGGCGAGCCGGAAAUGUUCAUAAAUAAAGGCAGCACGAUGAACCUAACCUGCGUGGUGCGUCACAGCCCCGAACCACCGACGGCCAUUUACUGGACCCACGAUCGCGAGGUGAUCAACUACGACAGUCUCAGGGGCGGCGUAUCGGUGAUCACGGAGAAGGGGGAAGUUACAACCUCGUAUCUUCUGGUGCAGCGUGCCCAGACUGCAGAUAGCGGCCAGUAUACCUGCCAUCCUAGCAAUGCUAAUACAAAGACUGUCUUGGUGCACGUUCUUAACGGGGAACAUCCAGCGGCCAUGCAACACGGUGGUCAACUGAGGCUGGCGAACCUGCCCUUCGUAAUGAUCUCGACGACUCUGCUGGCUUUUCUGAACCAUCGUUAUUGAACGAACGCUCCGCGGGAUCACCAAUACACUCAUCUUAGACAUUCAUCGAUUAAAUUACAUCGUCACGGGGUAGCAGCUUUCCAAAGAACCGAUUAGCCGACGAGGGAAUCGCGUGUGUGGCAAACGAGAAGUCACGCUCGUCGCGAUAUGUACGCGCGAACGGCGUUGUCGCAGAAAAGAAAGACACCGGUGAAAAAUGGGACGGCAAAGUGAUCCUUACUGCGUCGUAGUUCGAAGGAAUAUAUAUAUAUACACACAUAUAUAUAUAUAUAUAUAUAUAUAUAGGUAACGAGGAUCCGCGAAGAAGAAGAAAGAGUAUAAAAAACGUAACGGUGGAAUUGGACCAGACUGCGGCACGAUCGAGUGCUGAAUGUAUUAUAAGAAAAGUAGUCUGUUGUAACGAAUAAAAUAAGAGAUAACGUUGUACAGGGUGUUCCACGAUUGAACGAUCAAAC